UAUCAGCAAUACUCUAAUGGAGACCAGGAUACUGACGCACCUAAAUCAAGGUUUGGAGAGAUGGACAGGAACGACAGCGGGAGCGGGUUUGGCAGGAGACCCAACAACUUCAACCAGCAGAGACCAGACCGCAGAAAUGAUGGCGGCGGAGACGGAGGUUUUGCUGGUGCGAGUAGGCCUUCAGCUAGAAGACCUCCUAAACUGGUACCAUUCCCAGCACCACAGCCUACUGCUGAUAAAAAUGCUCCGCCUCCUCCUUCAGCAAAGGUGGCAGUAAUCGGGAACCUUCACCCAAAGCUCAUGCAAAGCAACAUCUAUGAUCUUUGCAAGAAGGCGAAAGUUCACCCGCUAGAAGUAUCCAUGAAAAACUAUGAUAGGCCACCGUACCCAAAGCUGCAUUAUGCGUUGGUGUACGUAAGGAACCAAGAAGAAGUCAAAGAGAUAGUCAUCUCACUGAAAGGCUUACAACUGAAUGGUUAUACGCUGAUUGUGGGAUCAGCAGAUGAGUUGUUGGAAGAAGGACAGUUGUUAAAACAAACAAAGUAAUUAAGUCAUGACUUACGGUAAUUACUUUGGUAAUAUUGUUGUUUGAGAAAACACAACCCAAAAUUUUAAUGAUAAUGAUAAUGAUAAUGAGUGGUGUGGAUAAACCAGUAAAUUUUUAUUUCUUGUGUUGUAAUGGUGUUGGGUUUUCUCAGUUGAGUACCAUGUUAGGUUGUUCUUUACGUGGUUUAAAGUUUCAUAAAUAUAAAUACUUGGUACUGUAAGGAUUUUCAAAUUUCUAAAUAGAUUUUUGCAUGUAGAACCUGGCCAUGUUAAAGUCAUUAUUCUCAAGAUUUUCUUUUGUGCUGUUAGUACUUCUUUAGAAAAUUCAGUAUUACCCCAUAACACUAUCCCAUAUUUUAUUAAUGAAUAAAAAUAUCCGUAGUAGAGUGUCAUUUUAGUUUCAAUACUUGUGCAAUGAGUUAGACAGCUCAUGUUGUGACAUAUACUAUUUAACUUCUUGCAUAGCUGUGUCGUAUGUUCCCGCCAAUUUAAGUUCUGGUCACACACAACACCUAAUAACUUUACUAAACUCUGGCAUUUCACAUCAUUACCACUAAUUCUUAGCUUCAACUCUCCUUCCCUACUCUGUAAGUUUCUAAAAUGAACUAAACUCGUCUUACUAGUAUUUAAAUGAAGGCCAUUAAUAACAAACCAAUGCUCUAGAUCUUGUAUCGUAGCCUCUGCGUUCUCCUUUAUAUCUAAUAAAUGCUUCCCUUUUAUGAGUGCUGUUGUGUCAUCAGCAAACAUGAUUAUUUUGGCAUUUACAUUCUCUGGGAGGUCGUUGGUGUAUAUAGUAAAUAAAACUGGGCCUAAAAUUGAGCCUUGUGGCACUCCUGUUACAACUGUGUCAUACUCAGAUCAUAUUUAUUGUUUUCUAUUAUUAUUGAUACUUUUUGCCUUCUUCCUGUUAGGUAUGAUUCAAACCACUUCCAACUCGACCCUCUGAUCCCAUAUUUAGUUAUUUUUUUUAAAAGGACUGCAUGGUCUACACAGUCAAAAGCCUUUGAUAGAUCACAGCAAACUGCAAGAGUCGACUGUGAUCCAUCCAUGGCCUUAUAUAUAUCAUCUGUUAGUGAUAUUAGUGCUGAGUUUGUUGAGUGUGACUUCCUAAAACCAUGCUGACUGUUUGUAAUUAAUCUGUUUGAUUCUAAAUAUUCUUGUAGUUGUGUGUGUACCACCUUUUCAAUUAUUUUAGAAAACACAGGUAAUAGUGAGACAGGGCGAUAGUUUUCAAUUAAAUUUCUAUUUCCUUUCUUAAAAAUUGGCCUUACGAUUGAAGUUUUAAGGUUUGUUGGAAAUUCACCAGUUUUUAAUGAUUGAUUUAUUAUUUUUGUAAGUGGUGCAGCUAUGUACUCUUUACAGUCCUUAAUUAAUCUAACUGGAAUUUCAUCCCAACCUGUUGAUCUCUUGUUCGAUAUUGACUUAAUAAUCUUUAAUACAUCUAUCUCUUUUACUUCUUUAAAUGUAAAUUCUGUAUUCUCUGGGAUGGCUACCUUACUACAGCACUCAAUUGCUCUAUGUGGCAAACUUUGAACUUUCAGUUGUUGUUUUAUUUUUAGGUAAUGGUUGUUAAAGUAAUUAGGAAUAACUAUGGGAUUGUUGAUAGUUUUUCCGUCAAUUAAUAUUUCUUUUAUGUCAUUAUUAUUCUUUUGUAUCAUUCCCAACUCAUUCUUUAUUACCCUCCAUGAUGCUCUACUCUUACAUUUAGAUCUUGUAAUAAAGUCAUCAUUUGCCUUACGUUUAGCUGCCCUUACAACUUUUCUAAAUAUUCGUCUAUAUAUCUUGUAGUAAUUUUGCAACUUGGCACUUUUAUUAAUCUUUAUUUCACUGUGGAGAAGUCUUUUUUUCUUACUUGAAAUUCUUAUACCUUCUGUUAUCCAUUUUAUUACUUUACCAUUUUCUUGCCUCAAAGGUUUUACAGGACUCAUUCAUAUUUAACAUGAACUCUCUUAAAAAGUUAUCAUAAUUUUCAUUUGCUGACUUGUUUGAUUCUACCUUCCAAUCUGUUUGCUUUAUUGACUCUUUAAAUUCGUGAAUAGCCUCUGGUGUAAAUCUUCUCUUUAAGGUAUACUUUUUUUUUUUACUACGCUUUUAUGUUUCUUAUGAGAAAUAAAAAUAUUUGGGUUGUGUUUUCUAAGUUUUACACAACAGAGUUCUUAAUCAAAGUGAUUAUAGAUGUUUCAAAGUAGAAUAUCCACCUUGAUUUGAAAAUACAUUUCUUGAAAUCAGAUUCCGUUGCAUAAAUAUGUAGGUAUUAGUGAUGGUCGAAACCAGAAAUCUCGAAUCUCAAAACGUAAACGCAACUUGUUAACUUAAACUUGUUUACUUAGCUUUUACAAAAGCCAAAGUUACAAAAAAUACAGGUACAUUAAUAAUUAAAUUUAUAGGUAAUGAUUAAAUUUUUAAUGCAAUCAAAACUGAAAGAGAUUGAACCCUUAUCCUGACAUAAUAACAUAAAAAUGUUAUUAACUAUGAAUUAACUAUGAUUAAAAUGUUAUGUGAUAAACUUGAAACCCAAAACAUUUUUUUUUUAAACAACCAACAUACAAAUAAAUUAAAAUCCGGACACCAAUAUAAACAUGUAU